AUGAAUCUGGAACGACAACGAGCAUUUACGGAGUAUAAAAAGAUCCUGGACGAGCUGAAGGCUACGUUCUACGAGAGAUGGAAGGUUAACAAAUCCGACAACGUCACUUUGAACGAUUUCGAACGAUUCCGGACCAUCGGGACCGGUGCAUUCGGACGGGUCAUACUCGUCAAGUACAAACCGACCUCCGCGUUCUACGCCAUGAAGAUCUUGGAGAAAGCGAAGGUAGUGAAGAUGAAACAGGUGGAGCAUACGUACAACGAGAAAAGGAUACUGCAGUGCAUCAGGUUCCCGUUCAUCGUCUACAUGGAGUUCUGUUUCAAAGACAAUUCGUACGUGUACAUGGUGCUGCCUUUUAUCAACGGUGGCGAAAUGUUCACGCAUCUCAGACGAAUGGGAAAGUUCGACGAGUCCCUGGCGCGAUUCUACGCGGCCCAGGUCGCUCUUGCCUUGGAAUACCUUCAUCACUGCAGUCUGGUUUACAGAGACCUGAAGCCGGAGAACAUUUUAAUUCAAAACACCGGUUACAUCAGAGUAACUGACUUUGGAUUCUGCAAGAUGAUCGACGGCAGGACUUGGACCCUGUGCGGUACCCCGGAAUACCUGGCACCGGAAGUGAUCCUGUCCAAGGGCUACGGCAAAUCCGUCGACUGGUGGAGCUUCGGAGUGCUGAUCUACGAGAUGAACGCUGGGUACCCGCCAUUUUAUUCGCGCGACCCGAUGAAGAUAUACGAGAAGAUCGUCGCUGGUAAAUACAAGUUUGCCCAUCACUUUGGCGAGGAGUUGAGGGAUAUCCUGAAGAACAUACUGCAAGUAGAUCUCACCAGACGGUAUGGGAAUCUGAAGGGUGGUAGCAUGGACAUCAAAGGACACAAGUGGUUUCAGACCACGGAUUGGAACCAGAUAUAUCACCAGAAAAUUCAACCCAGUUUCAUACCGAAUUGCUCGUCGCCAGAGGACACUAGCAAUUUCGACUACUACGAGGAAGAGCCGCUGAAGAUAGGCGCGACGGAUCGUUACGCUAAAGAAUUCGCGAACUUUUAACCGA